UCUCAUACUAUAACUCUCACUCAUCGCAAACAAUAGUCAUCUCAUUUCAAGGCAUGUCUGCGCCAUCUGGACAGUCUCUCCAAACCUACGGCUUCCAGACUUCCGUCGACAUCGCACGCCAGGACACCUACGACAUAGCUCCUGUGGCUGGCCAAAAACGACCUGGAGAGCAUUCUACAGGCAACAACAACCCGCUUUCAAGUGUAAAUCAGCCUGCCAACUUCAAUGGAUUAGCCGGUCGACCGGUAGAUUUCAUAAGGCCUUCGCUGGAACUGCCUAGAGGUCGUCUAGUCGCCAGUGAUAUUCGCUCGGUGGCAGCCAACAUCCCUGAUAGAGAUCCGCCGCUUCAUUCUGUGCAAAAUGCCGAAGAAGAUCUUACCAACCAUCCUCUGUUGUCUCUAAGCAAUCCUGUAUACGGACUGCCGUCUGUUUUAGUCGCUAAUUGGGCGGCUAUCGGACUUAAGAGCAUAUACCAAUGGCAAGCAGCGUGCUUGCUGACUCCAGGACUGCUUGAUGGCAGCCGACACCUGGUGUAUACUGCCCCUACCGGUGGAGGAAAGUCGCUUGUCGCUGACGUUCUCAUGAUAAAGCGCAUCAUUGAUAACCCGAGCCGCAAGGCAAUUCUGGUUCUUCCAUAUGUAGCGCUGGUGCAAGAGAAACUGAAGUGGCUAAGAGGUAUCGUACAAGAUGUUGAGAAGAACAUCGGCGACACCGACGAUAAGGUGGACAGCACGAGACCAUAUCACCAGCGCUGGCGCAAGUUACAAAAGUCGAUUCGUGUCACUGGCUACUUCGGGGGAAGCAGAACUGCUGCGUCUUGGGCUGACACGGACAUUGCCGUCUGUACCAUCGAGAAGGCGAACUCCCUGAUCAACACUGCUAUUGAAGAAUGUAGUAUCGGGAAGCUGGGCGUGGUUGUUCUAGAUGAGCUACAUAUGCUUGACGAUGAGCACCGUGGAUACCUUUUGGAAUUGAUGGUUACAAAACUGCUGCUCCUGCGACAGAACAUCCAAAUCAUUGGGAUGAGUGCUACACUAUCGAAUACCGAGAUGUUGGCGGAGUGGAUGAAUGCAGUUUACUACGUUUCGACUUACCGCCCGGUUCCGAUUGACGAAUACCUUGUUUACGAGAAUGCGAUAUAUCCUGCUGCGACCUCAAGGCAUUUGUUUCAGACAAUAUCUCGACUGAAGUCGGUUCCAACGCAAUCGCUUGUUGAGACGAUGCCUCCUCAUCGCAUCGUUGCCCCCUCAACUUUUAGAGAACUUGCGAAUGCCAUGACAAACGCGACAGUCGCCUUGGCCAUUGACACGGCAGCAGCUGGGUAUGGUGCUUUGGUAUUUUGUGGCAGCCGACAGACUUGCCAGAUCCAAGCGGCGAUCAUCAGCGAAGCUAUGCCAGCCCCCGACGAGAACACUGAUGACUUGAACAGACGACUCGACCUUGUAGCCGAACUCCGGAGCCUUCCCAGCGGUUUAGAUCCUGCUCUUGAAAAUACCCUCGUUAGAGGCGUCGGCUUUCACCAUGCAGGCAUGACGACUGAGGAGCGCGAACUGAUCGCACAGGCUUAUGAUCAGGGUGUUCUCAGAGUGCUUAUAGCGACUUGCAGCUUGGCAGCUGGCGUCAAUUUACCCGCCAGACGGGUUUUAAUCAAUGGGGCACGCAUGGGCCGAGAACUCGUUGGGCCCGCCAUGCUACGACAAAUGUGCGGAAGAGCCGGUCGCAAGGGAAAGGACGAAGCGGGUGAGACGUAUCUCAUAUGUGGCAAUAGUGACCUACAAGCUGUCUGUGACCUUCUCGAGGCCGACAUGCCGGCCAUUGAAAGCUGCCUAGCUCCAGAGAAGAGGGGCCUCAAACGGGCCCUCUUGGAAGCCCUCGCUACCGGACUCGUGUCCGGGUAUGACGCAAUCAAAGAAUAUGUCAGGUGCACCUUGCUUUACCGAACGGUGGACAGAAAGCUAGCCUAUAGUAUCAUGCAAUCUGCACUCCAAGAAUUGGUCAAGGAAGAACUCGUGCAUGUUGAUGGUGAUGAAUCAUCAUAUUCAGCAACACAGCUUGGACAGGCUGUGGUCGCCUCCGCAUUUGCACCCGAAGAUGGCUUAUUUGUCCAUGAAGAGUUGAAACGGGCUCUGCAAGCUUUCGUCAUGGAUGGCGAUAUGCACAUAUUCUACAUGUUUACGCCCCUCCAAUUAGCUGCUGGGACUCACAUCGAUUGGCGCAUCUUUCGAGAUCAGCUUGAUAAUCUGGAUGAGAGCGGGCUGCGUGCCCUGCAAUUUGUUGGCGUUCAACCUGGAUAUGUGAAUUACAUGGCCCAAAGUGGCGGGUCACUAAAAGAGAAUUCACCAGAGCAGAUCAAGCAAGCUAGAAUCUAUCAGCGGGCAUACACUGCGUUUCAGCUUCGUGAUCUGAGCAAUGAGGUUCCGUUGUCUGUUAUCGCAUCACGGUACCAGAUACCACGGGGUUCUGUGCAGAGCCUAGCACAGCAAUGCCACGGGUUUGCUGCAGGCAUUGUCAAGUUUUGUCAACGCAUGGGUUGGGGGAUGUUGGCUGCAGUUUUGGAUCAUAUGCAGGAUCGUUUGGAGGCCGGGGCCCGGGCUGACCUACUCGAAAUGGCACAGGUUACAUAUGUCAAAGGUUGGACUGCCAGACUACUACGAGAAAACGGUUAUCGGAAUUUGAGGGCCCUGGCAGAAGCGGAUGCGAAGGAUCUGGUCCCUAUUCUGAUGAUGGUAAACCCGCGCAAAGCGCAGAAAAGCCAGCUUCACCCCGCAGAAGCCGAGCGCUAUGCGAAGAAGCUUUUGGCCAAAGCAGAUAUCAUCAUUGGGUCGGCCAACCAGGUCUGGGAACGCGAGAUGCAGGUGGAGAUAGAUGAAUGAAUAAUCACUGGAUUAGAUUGUAUAUACUUGGACAUAACUGACAAGAGUCAUUCGCAAUCGACCAUCAGCCAAUGCCGGCACCUUCGGACACUGGGCACGGUCGACCCGCUAAAAUUGCUUCUAUCGAACCAUCCAAAAUGACUGCAUUGCUGAUAGACACCGAGCUCACUUCAGAAAAAAAGAACUGAAUU